AUGACAAUUCAAAAACAACCAGCUGUCUUCUACGUUAACGCUGCUUUAUUCGACUGUGACGGAACGUUAGUCAAUUCUACCGGAGCUAUUUCAGAAUUCUGGAGAGAUUUCGGAAAGACUAGACCUCACGUCAACCCAGAUGAAAUCAUCAGCACCUCGCACGGAUGUCGUACAUUCGAUGUGAUUGCAAAAUGGUCACCAGAAGAUGCUAUUGAAGAACAAGUCACCGAAUGGGAAGGAUCUAUUCCAGAUUCUUUUGGUCAAUUCGCUAAGCCAAUUCCUGGUGCAGUUGAAUUAGUCAAGUCUUUUGACAAGUUCUCCAAGAGCGAAACUGAAAAUGGUAAACAAAGAUGGGCUAUUGUGACAUCUGGUACUUUACCAUUGGCCACCAAGUGGUUGAAGUUGUUGACCAUCGAAAAACCAGACUGUUUCAUCACCGCUGAAAAGGUCACCAAGGGUAAGCCACAUCCACAAGGAUACCAAUCUGCUAGAGAGACCUUAGGUUACAAGGGUGCUCACAACAAGGUUGUUGUCUUCGAAGAUGCUCCUGCUGGUAUCACUGCUGGUAAGGGUGCUGGUGCUUUCAUUGUUGGUAUCUGUUCCACCUACGACCCAGAAAAGGUUAGAAAGGCUGGUGCUGACAUUGUUGUUGACGACUUGACCUCGUUCAGAAUCGACUCCUACAACAAGGAAACCGAUGAAUUCAAGGUUAUUGUGGAUGACUACCAUUACGCCAACGACGAAUUCUUGCAAUCCGUCUAA